GCUCGCUGGGCGGCAGGUGUCGGCGAUGGAGCGGCCCCGGGGAGCUGCGAGUGCGGGCGGCCUGCGCCUCCUCGUCCGCCUCGUCCACCUCGUCCAGCUCGUCCUCCUGCUGCUGCCGCCGCCUUCCACCGGCCUCGGCCUCGACCGGCUGGACGCGCCGCCGCCCGCGCCCUCGGCCCCGGUGCGCUGGCCCCGGCCCGGGAGGGUCGCGCAGCCCGGACGCCCGCUGCCCCCGCACGGAGGCCGUUGGCGCCGCAGCGUCCCCCGAGGGCCUCGCGACGGCUGCGGCCCCGACGGCCCCGACCUGGCCGCCCGCCUCGCCAACAACACGCACCAGCAUGUCUUUGAUGAUCUCAGUGGCUCAGUGUCCUUGUCUUGGGUUGGAGACAGCACCGGGGUCAUUUUGGUUUUGACUACCUUCCAUGUGCCCCUGGUAAUUAUGACUUUUGGACAGUCCAAGUUAUAUCGAAGUGAGGACUACGGAAAGAACUUCAAGGAUAUUACAAAUCUAAUCAACAACACCUUUAUUCGAACGGAAUUUGGCAUGGCUAUUGGUCCUGAGAACUCUGGAAAGGUGAUUUUGACAGCAGAAGUCUCAGGAGGAAGUCGAGGAGGUCGAAUCUUCAGAUCAUCAGAUUUUGCAAAGAAUUUUGUUCAGAUCAACCUCCCUUUCCACCCUCUGACUCAGAUGAUGUACAGUCCUGAGAAUUCGGACUAUCUUCUAGCUCUCAGCACUGAAAAUGGCCUGUGGGUGUCCAAGAAUUUUGGGGGAAAAUGGGAAGAAAUCCACAAAGCAGUGUGUUUGGCCAAAUGGGGACCAAAAAACAUCAUCUUCUUUACCACCUUUUUGAAUGGCUCUUGCAAAGCUGAUCUUGGUGCACUGGAGUUACGGAAAACCACAGACUUGGGGAAAAACUUCAAAACCAUUGGUGUGAAAAUCUACUCAUUUGGUCUUGGGGGACGUUUUCUUUUUGCCUCAGUGAUGGCUAAGGAUUCCACAAGAAGGAUUCAUGUAUCAACAGACCAUGGGACUACAUGGAGCAUGGCCCAGCUUCCCUCUGUGGGGCAGGAACAGUUCUAUUCUAUCCUGGCAGCUAACGAUGACAUGGUGUUCAUGCAUGUAGAUGCACCUGGAGAUACUGGGUAUGGCACAAUCUUCACCUCAGAUGACCGAGGCAUUGUCUAUUCCAAAUCCUUGGACCGGCACCUCUACACCGCCACAGGUGGAGAAACAGACUUUACCAACGUGACUUCCCUUCGUGGGGUCUACAUAACAAGUGUGCUUUCUGAAGAUAAUUCUAUCCAGACAAUGAUCACCUUUGACCAAGGAGGACAAUGGAAGCACCUAAGGAAGCCUGAGAACAGUGAAUGUGAUGCCACAGCAAAAAAUAAGAAUAAGUGCAGCCUUCAUAUUCAUGCCUCCUACAGCAUCUCCCAGAAACUCAAUGUGCCAAUGGCUCCACUCUCAGAGCCCAAUGUUGUGGGUAUAGUCAUCGCCCAUGGUAGCGUGGGGGAUGCCAUCUCAGUGAUGGUCCCAGAUGUGUACCUCUCAGACGACGGCGGCUACUCCUGGGUGAAGAUGCUGGAUGGGCCUCACUAUUACACCAUCCUGGACUCUGGAAGUAUCAUUGUGGCCAUUGAGCACAGCAGCCAUCCUAUCAAUGUGAUUAAGUAUUCCACAGACGAAGGUCAGUGCUGGCAAACCUACACGUUCACCAGUGAUCCCAUCUACUUUACUGGCCUGGCUUCCGAACCUGGAGCUCGAUCCAUGAAUAUCAGCAUCUGGGGUUACACAGAAUCUUUCCUGACUCGCCAGUGGAUCUCCUACACCAUCGACUUUAAAGACAUUCUUCAGAGGAACUGUGAAGAGAAGGACUAUAGCACAUGGCUAGCCCACUCCACCGACCCUGGAGAGUACCAAGAUGGCUGCAUUCUUGGUUACAAAGAAGAGUACCUUCGGCUCCGCAAGUCAUCGGUCUGUCAGAAUGGACGGGAUUAUGUCGUCACCAAGCAGCCGUCCGUCUGUGUCUGCUCCCUAGAAGACUUCCUCUGUGAUUUUGGCUAUUUCCGUCCGGAAAAUGACUCCAAAUGUGAGGAACAGCCAGAGCUGAAGGGCCAUGACCUUGAGUUUUGUCUUUAUGGACAAGAGGAGCAUCUGACCACCAACGGGUACCGGAAGAUUCCUGGUGACAGAUGUGAGGGUGGAGUGAAUCCAGUUCGAGAAGUCAAAGACUUGAAAAAGAAAUGCAUAAGCAACAUUUUGAGUCCAGAAAAGCAAAACUCCAAGUCAAAUUCAGUUCCAAUUAUCCUGGCCACUGUGGGGUUGAUGCUGAUCACAGUUAUAGCGGGAGUACUCAUCGUGAAGAAAUACGUGUGUGGGGGAAGGUUCCUAGUGCACCGGUACUCAGUUCUACAACAGCAUGCAGAAGCCAACGGUGUGGAUGGUGUGGAUACUUUGGACACUGCCUCCCAUGCUAACAAGCGUGGUUACCAUGACGAUUCUGAUGAGGACCUUCUGGAAUAACUCGGCAAAGGAUCUGGGCCUGAGCACGGAUGGUGAAUCGCAGUACCUCUCAUACUCCCUGUGGCUACGACUUUGGGAAAUAAAUCUCCCAUUUCAAGGGA